AUGAAGGUCUCCAUUGUUGCUUUCGUUGCCGCUCUCUUCUUUGCUCAAGCCGCUCAAGCUUCUGUUUGCCCCUGUCUCCCAAAGGCAGGCUGUGAGGCCUCUUGCCCUGCUGGUUCCCACUGUGUCCAAAGCGACCAAUACUGCCCUCCCAAGAACCCUGUCGGUGGUUGUGACUCUGGCCAUCGUUGGUACUGCAUCAGCAACUAA